AUGGACGGAGACGAGAACUCGGCUGUACAGGGGGACAUCGAGUUUCAUCAAGUUGUUAAAGAUCAACUCAACGCCAUUAAGAUUGAUAUCACCCGGCUUGAAAACGAGCUGUCGGAACAUGACAAACGGGCUGUCGGAACAGAACAAACGAGCUGUCGGUACAUGAUAAAUGAGCUGUCGGUACAUGAUAAACGAGCUGUCGGUAUUUGGCGGGCGGAUAUCCAAACUGAUGUUCAAUUCACACGGAAAGAACAAGCCGAUUCCGCGACAGAUCUCCAUGAUCUAUUAAGCAAAAUCACAGAAAGGUCGCUAAGCUCGAGAAACCCACCACUGAUGCUGGCCAUGGCCGAAGAGACAGCCCGGCUGAUUCUUGUAUUCAACCAUCGAACGGCUCUCACGGUCUACUGGAUCAUGGCAAUGGAGAAUCUUUAA